UUUAUAAAGGGUUUAAUUCUCUUUCGUAUAUAUAAUAUUAAUAUACAUAAUACUUGUUUCAAUUCAAGAAUCGGAAAAUUCACAAGUUCUACGGUCUACGAUUUGUUAAAUCGCAUCAGAUAACGGUGUAACUCGAUAGUUUGUGAUUUUGACAGUUAAAUUGAAUACAUAAUUAAAUAGCGAGGCUAAUGCCAGACGCAUUGCUAUGGUCGAAAACUGCUUUGGCAGUUCUGGCCAGCCACUUGCAGUACCUGGAAGAGUUUUAGUUGGAGAAGGUGUAUUAACAAAAAUGUGUAGAAAGAAGCCAAAACCAAGACAGUUCUUUUUAUUUAAUGAUAUAUUGGUUUAUGGAAAUAUUGUAAUGAACAAAAAAAAGUAUAACAAGCAACACAUAAUACCACUUGAACAGGUCAAACUUGAGUCUUUAGCUGAUGAUGGUCAGUAUCGCAAUGGUUGGCUCAUAAAAACAGUAACAAAGUCGUUUGCUGUUUAUGCUGCCACUCCAACAGAGAAGCAAGAAUGGAUGGCUCAUAUUACCAAAUGCAUUGAGGAUCUAUUAAGAAAGAGUGGGAAAAAACCAGUUGAGGUUCAUGCAGCUGUUUGGGUUCCAGACAAUGAAGCUACAAUUUGUAUGCAUUGUAAUAAAACACAGUUUACAGUUUUAAACAGACGGCACCAUUGUAGGCAAUGUGGAGCUGUGGUAUGCGGGCCUUGCAGUAAUAAAAAAUUGUUAUUACCUGGACAAGGAAAUGGAAAGGCAGUUAGAGUGUGUUUGCAAUGUUAUGAUACAGCUAGUAAAGUAAAGGCAUCAUCUCCAACUGCUGUUGACAGUUUAAAUAACAAAGACCAGCAACGUAAUUCUGCUGAUAGUUCAGGUGGUGAUAGUUCUGGUGAUGAUGAGGAGGGAAAUAAGGAAGAAAAGCAUGAUGAGCCUAAAUUUUACUCCACACUUGCCCGAUGAAGUUGACUAUAAAUAUAUUAUACUAAAUAACACUGCAAACAGGAAUAUUAUUGAAAACAAUAUUUUUAAAAAUUACUAAUUUUAAAUUGUCAAUAAUAUUAAAAGUUAUAGUGAUUUAAACAUUGUUAAACCUAUUUUUAAAUUAUAUUUAUGUAAAGAGCUAAGAAAAAUGUCUGUGUAUAAACAAUUUGAAUAAUUUUAUACCAAACUUUAAAAACAUACAUUUUAUAUGAUGCAUAUCUAAUUUAUGAGAAUAAUUUAAAACCAUUCGGGAUAUUAAAACUUAAUACAUUGCUAUACUAUUUACACAGACAUUCAACGAACAAGACUAUUAUUAUUAACUCUUCGUAUGUUGUAAAAAAUAAUUCGCUACAAGUGGAACUCGAAAUUUUGACCCGUUUACAUUUGUAUUAUCUUGUUAUAUUGUAAUAUCUCAAUAUUUACUAUCAUCAAAUA